AUGGAACAUUCAUGUUCGUUAGGUAUUAACUUGAAAAUGAUUCGAGUGUCUUCCCGUUCACCACUUCCCGAAAGUGCCACCAAAGCAACGAAAAAAACCAAGAAAGUGCACUUUCUCGAGCCAACAAAACCAUAUGCUGAGACGUCAACUCAUGAGUACAUCAAACGACAUCUCGGGAAAGGAGAUGAACCCGAUUCUCAACAUUGGAAAGAACUUGCUGAAUCAUUUAAAUGUGAUAAUGAAGCUCUCGGUGAGACAAAUCUAAUGAACGAGCUAUUGGAUCUUUGCUCUUGGUGGGGUAGCGAGGAUAAUUUAUUUUUAACUACUGGUGCAACUUGCAGCGAUUCUGACGAUGACGAAGAUGCAGAAUGGUUGCUGAACUUUCAGAAGCAUGCAAAACAAUUGCAGUCAGGGACAAGGACUUCAAAAGCAACUCAACUUUCAAGGACGCCGCUUACUUCAGUCAAUGACCUUCGCCUGAAAUCACUUCUUCGUUUACAAAGCGCUUCGUCUUUCGGAGAUUUCGGGGAAUCAAGCAGUUGGAUCUCAUCUUCCGAGAACAAUCCUUCGCCUAAACUCUCUCAUACGACUUCUCGCGCAACUUCAGGAUUCUUUUCAUCAAAGAUCACGGACGAGAUGGAGUUUGCAUAUCAAGGGAUAGUGUGCUCGGAUAAUGUUAUUCGAAAAUCACCUCAGAAGACGCAUCAGAAGCCAAUAAGAACGGGUUGUCCGCUUGACGAUGCAUUUGGGGGCGAUAUCGACUUU